AGCUGAGGCGCGGGGGGGAAGAAAGCAGAGCGCGGAGCUGUCAGAGUCUCCGGUGGCGGACUGUAAACACUGAGCGGAGACUGACUGACCGCUCAGCGCUGUUUACUAACCGGAAGAAGCGCUUUAUUAAGGGGGAAAUGAGGGAAAAGGCUGAGGCGGGGUCCUGUAUGGUUGUUCAUUUGUUUGUUUGUAAGUUAGUUAUUUAGCUGGUUAAGUAGUUUAACUCCGAAGCUCGUGCGUCCCUCAGUCCUGCGGCAUGGUUCCUCCGUUCCCCCGCUCUCCCUCCGAAAAGGAAAGCUACCCAUGGGAUGUUGGGCGGCCGGUUCCUCCCUCGGACACCUGAAGGCGCAGUGUCGGCUGUGCGUGUGCUUCACCAUGCUGCUCCUCCUCACCUACCUGUUCUACUGUCUGACCGGCUGCUGCGACCUGGCGCCCAGCCUCAGCUCUAGCUUGCCCCCCGGAGACCGACCCGGGCUGCCCAGGAACCUCACCGCCAGCCCGGACCCUGCGGAGGGCACGGACCUCUCCGUGCUGAACAGCUUCGGCAGUAAGGAGUUUCCUCAAGCCAUUAUCAUCGGCGUGAAGAAGGGAGGCACGAGGGCGCUGCUGGAGUUUCUGCGCGUGCACCCGGACGUCAGAGCCGUGGGGGCGGAGCCUCACUUCUUUGACAGGUUUUACGAGAAGGGGCUCGAGUGGUACAGGAAUCUAAUGCCCCGUACCCUGGAGGGUCAGAUCACCAUGGAGAAGACCCCCAGCUACUUUGUGACACGAGAAGCCCCUGGCCGCGUCUUCGCCAUGAGCCGCCACACCAAACUCAUCGUGGUGGUGCGAGACCCCGUAACCCGGGCUGUUUCAGACUACACUCAGACUCUGUCUAAAAACCCGGGACUGCCUUCCUUUCAGAGCCUGGUCUUCAAAAACUCCACCAUGGGCCUGAUCGACACGUCGUGGAGCGCCGUGCGGAUCGGCAUCUACGCCAAGCACCUGGAGAACUGGCUCCGGUACUUUCCUCUCUCGCGGCUGCUCUUCGUGAGCGGGGAGAGGCUGGUGACGGACCCGGCGGGGGAGAUGGGCAGAGUGCAGGACUUUCUGGGGUUGAAGAGGGUUGUCACCAACAAGCACUUCUACUUCAACCAGACUAAAGGCUUUCCCUGCCUAAAGAAGCCUGAAGGGAGCAGCAGGCCGAGGUGUCUGGGCAAAUCAAAAGGCCGAGCUCAUCCUCAGAUACCGUCGGAAGUGUUGCUUAGACUCAGAGACUUCUACAGACCCUUCAAUCUGAAGUUCUAUCAGAUGACGGGUCAGGAUUUUGGCUGGGAAUGAAGACUUUUUUAAUAAGUCUAGAGCUGAUAAUAUUGAUUAUAUUAGUAAUCAGAUAAGCUGCACUCUGAAAAAUAAAGGUUCGUACAUGGUUCUUGGCCUGGAUGUGUAGUUAUACACUGUUAACUGUAUCAUUUCUAUUAGGGCAGCACAAUAUAUCGUUUCGGUAUUGUCAUCACAAUAUGUGCACCAAAUUUGCACGAUUGUGUUUGAUCUUUCAUGGAUUUUUUAAUAUUGCGAUAUAUAUCGCAGAGCAGCAACAUUUUUCCAUUAUCAUGCAGCCCUAAUUUCCAUGAGGAAAUAUUUUCAAAAACACAAUAAGAAAAGUCUCCAUUUUUAAUAAAAAAAAUACCUUGAUAAGGUCUCUAAAAGUUACGUUCAGAUUAAACCUACAACAUGGAAGACCUCCAGGAUCAGAAUUUAGCAUCCUAUGUGUUGAGGUUUUUUUACAGUCUAAAUAACCCAUUUUGCCACCUUUAUUUUUAUGAGUGCACUGAUUUCCAGCAAUUAAAAUUACACUUGGACUUAAAGGGACUUAACAGCAGCAAACUUUGCCUUGCCUUUUAAUAACAAUUUAACAAUUCUACAUAUAUUACAAUUUGUAGACUUAUGAGACAUGUAUAUGAGACUUAUAAAAGACACUAGCAGGAGAAAUUAAAACAUACAGACAUGCAACUGCACAUUAAUAAUGCAACUGUUACAGCCACAAACAGGUCAUUUGGCAGUGCAACGAGUAGCAGGUUUCAUUUCAUUAUUUUGUUAUAUUUCGUUUUUUCUUUGUAUUUUUAUGGUUCAUAAAAAUCUUAAUAUCAGACAGACAAUGGCGAGAUUUAUUCCUCUUUAUAACGUGUAUUUAAUUUAGACAUUAAAGAAUAUUUUCUGUUCUCUGAAGCAGGAGUGGACAGUUUCUUUUACUGGUUUUAAUUUUCCCAAAUACUGCACUGUUAAAAAAAAUAUUUUUUUUUAUCAGAGAAUAUUUUAGUUUUUUAUUUGUUAAAAUAUCCAUCUAAAAGCAGAAAAUUCUAGGGUUCCACUUAUACAGACUGUUUUUUUUUUUUAAUUGAAUUACACAUUUCUAUAAAUGGUGGAUUCUUGUCAUUGAAAAAUGUACAGGUAGAAAACUGUAAACUUUCUUUGGGAAAACUUGUAAAAAGCGUUAUUUUCCUCUGUUUUGUUUCAGACGUAUGCAGGCGAGAAUUUAAAGUUGUACUGGACUAUGCCUUAUUUCAUGUCAGACUGCCAGAAUAUAACAUGCUCUGUUCUGUAUAUUUGUUAUUUAUAUGUAAAAUGGUAUAUUUUAUGAUAUUUUAUGAUGUGGUGGAUGUUUUACCACAUGCAACUGUGCCUGUGAUUACGUGGAUUUUUCUGAUUUUGUUUCCAGAUCCACUGUUAAUAACAAUGUUCUGAAAUGUAAUUUAUACUGUGUACGAUGUAAGCUGCUGAUAAGCUGUUUUUUCCCAAAUAAACAUAUCUGACAGUUGA